AUGGACGACUCCCCUCGCUCCUCGAAACGGAGAAAGCUUGACACACCGAAGCGCAUCGCAUCUAGCCCGCUGGUAAAGGGGUCGGCAAAGAGAGCCUCUGGAAGGCUCGCGAAUCGAUCAACUUCGUAUGCGGCAGGAAGCACUGGCGAAGGGACAGAGACUGAGCGGCCUGCGAAGAAAGCGACGAAUGGCACAACGACCAAGCGCACUGCUGUGCCCGAUAUUGACAUAUACGACGACAUAGAGGGAGCCCUCAGCGUAGCGCCUGCGUUGAGAUCAGCUCCACGGCGAUCCCUUGCUGCGUCUAGACAAGGAACCGAAAGCACCACGGAUGAACUCCAGGAGGUCGCUACGACACCGAAGCGUGGAAGGGGGCGACCAAGGGCUUCGGAGGUGACAAUAGCCUCGAAACGUGGGAAGGUCGCAAAGACACCCGCGGCUUCGGCACGCAAGCCAUCAGCUCCGAAAUCUAGCGCGCGUAGACGUGCUGUCAGUUCAGAAGCAAGUCAGGAGGAGGGCACAGAAGACCCCGAAGCGCCAGACACUCCUACACAACCAUCGACGAGGAAGUCGGCCACAGGCGCGAACAAGAAGGCUUUGGUGGAGGAAGAGGACGAGGACGAACUUGCUGGAGCGACACCUUCCAGGUCUUCCAAGAAGCGGAAACCCUUGGAAAAGCGGACAACAAUACCAGAAACCGAAGACGAGCUCGAUGCACGCCCCCCACGUAGUAGCAGAAAGCUCAAACAAACUGCUAGCGCCCGACGUCGCUCGAACCGAACCGAUCACAUAAGCAAUGGGCAUAAUGGUGUGGAUACCGGGGACGGAGUGAAAAGCGAUGAUGAUGAUGAGGGAGCCAUGGACAUCGAUGGCAACAGUGUCAUGGAAAGCAUAUUAGAUCCUACCGAGCCUAGUCCGUUCAAUAAGCCCAAUUCAGCCCAAAAAAAGGCCGCAGCACCGUUGAUAUAUGGAAAUCUUCCAGCGGGCCGCGAGUUGGAUCUCCUCAAGACAAUCAUCCUCGAGCGUAUUGCUGCCAAAAGGCCAACACCACUAGUCAAUCUGGAUGCUGAAUACACGUCGGUACACCAGAUUGUCGAGCAGACGGUGACAGCUGGAGAGGGAAACUCGAUGUUGCUGAUUGGCGCCCGUGGUAGCGGAAAGACUGCUCUUGUGAACAAGGUCCUGUCAGAAGUGGCCAAAGAAAACGCUGGCGAAUACCACGUAGUGCGUCUGAAUGGCUUCAUACAUACCGACGACAAAAUCGCGCUCCGAGAGAUCUGGCGGCAGCUUGGAAAAGAGAUGGACAUCGAGGACGAUGGCAGUGGACCAGGGAAGAAUUAUGCCGACACAUUAACCACACUGCUUGCACUGUUAUCGCAUCCAUCUGAGCACACGGGCGAAUACACUGAUCAGGUCGCCAAAGCAGUCAUCUUCGUCAUAGAUGAAUUUGACCUUUUUGCCCAGCACCCUCGACAGACUUUGCUGUAUAAUCUCUUCGACAUUGCACAGUCACGCAAAGCACCAAUUGCUGUCUUGGGACUGACUACACGGAUUGAUGUGACCAACAGCCUGGAGAAACGAGUAAAGAGUCGUUUCAGCCAUCGCUAUGUGCACCUCAGCCUGGCGAAGACGUUUACUGCGUUCCAAGAGAUGUGCAAAGCUGGCCUAAUCAUUGAGCCCGGGCACUUGAGUGUCGAAGAGCGUGGCAUACUGGAGGGUGGUGCGAAGAGUCUACAAACUAAUGGCACGCCCGCUAAAAAAGCAAACAAGGAUGCGAAGCAAGAUAUCCUGGCUGAGUGGAACACCAACGUCAACCACUUUUACCGCACAAAGUCCAUUCCAGCUGUUCUCUACACCUUCUUCCUCCCUACCGCCACAUUAUCACCAGACCUACCAUUUGCACCGAACAACGGUCUUGUCCUGCCUGAUUCGAAACUCUACCUGAUCCCGAACCUAUCAACACUCGCCCUUUCUCUCCUGAUUUCCGCCGCCCGCCUCGACAUCAUCCACGACAGCGACACAUGCAACUUCAACAUGGCAUACGAUGAAUAUGUCACCCUCGCCUCCAAAGCGCGCAUCCAGUCGGCAGCAGGGGGCAUGUCAGCGUCUGGCAGCAUCAGCAAGGUCUGGGGCAAAGACGUUGCGCGGCGCGAGUGGGAAACGCUGGUCGAGCUGGGCUUGAUCAUGCCGGUGAUCCAGGGGCAGACUGGCGGUUUUGGUAUGAUUCGGUGCGAUGUUGCCUUGGAAGAGAUUGGCGCGGUGCUAAAUGGCGAGAAAGGUGUGGAUCGAUAUUUGGAGCGGUGGUGUAAGGCCAUAUAG